AUGGGCCCAGGGCAGGACACGGCAGCCCUGGGCCGGAGGGGCUGGAUACUCGUGGCCAUCAUGUUCCUCGCCAAGUCCCUGUUUCUCUCAUGCUUAGUGUUGGGAGUCCAGCUACACCUGCACCAACCUCAGCGGUUCCUGGUUGUGGAAGUCGGUGGGACAGCAGAGAUCCACUGCUCCUCCAGCAAGGAUGUGGAUGGGGGAGCAAAAUUGCACUGGUAUCUGAGAAGGGCGGGUGAGGCCCCCAUGCACAGGAAGGACUGUGCGGAUGAUACAAAAGGGCCCAAAUUUGCUUGCAAACAUCAGAAAUACGGCACAACCCUGGAAAUCUGGGACAUGCAAAGGAAGGAGUCUGGCAUUUAUUACUGUGCACAUGCAACCACUAGCUCCUUGACUUUUGGGAACGGAACCAUGGUGAUCGUUGGAGACAGCUUCACCAAAGACAGCUCCGUGCUGCUCCUGGGCCCUGUUGCAGGGGAGAACGGAGCCACAGACUCUGCACAUCUGGCCUGUGUGAUCCGUGGUUUCUCCAACCUGGUCCAGGUGUCCUGGGGUGUUACCGGAAAGGAGCCAACCCAGGGGCUGCUGCACUCACUGGAAGCCAGUAAUGGGUCCUUAACACUCAUCCAUCACAUCAGCAUCCCCUGGGCCAGCUGGGCCAGCGGGACGACCGUCACCUGUGAGGUCACAUUCAACUCAUCUGGCAGCAGCGUCACCAGACAUGCCGUCUAUUCUGCAUCUCCCUCUGCAUGCUGUGUCAUGCUCUCUGUCGUGGCAGUGGGCAGUGCCCUGCUGCUGUUCACGGUGCCCCUGAGUCUCAUCUGGAUCCACUGCCCACCCCGAUGGGGAUCCCGGCCUAGGAAGCCAGCAGCUCGCAUCUCCCAGGAGAAUCAGGAUGGACUCAUAUAUGUGGACCUGGUGUUUCAGCCAGCAACUUGCCACAAGCCCAGAAAGCAGCAGGCAGCACGAGGGAAGAAUGUGACACCAUGA